UUUAAUUACGAGGAGCCUUCUUCAGUGGUGAAUAAAGUUGAUAACAAGUUCACUUGGAUCAUCAAGAAUUUCUCCACUUUAGAAUCUGAUAAAAUCUAUUCUAAUCCAUUCGUGACCGGUGGCUGCAAAUGGCAUCUUCUUGCGUACCCCAAAGGAAACAAGAUUGAUUACUUGUCUCUGUUUCUUGAAGUAGCCGAUCAUGGGUCGUUGCCUUGUGGAUGGAGAAGGCACGUACUAUUCCGCUUAUCUAUAGUAAAUCAAAAAUCUAAAAAGCUCUCCCAACUCCAAGUAGCAAAACACUGGUUUGAUCAGAAGUCUCCUAACUUUGGUUUUACAACCAUGAUUCCCCUUGCCGAACUUCAUGCAAACGGUGGUGGAUUUCUUGUGAACGGACAAGUCAAGAUUGUUGCUGAGAUUGAUGUUCUUGAAAUUAAAGAUGAAGAUGAACCACAACCUAUGAAAAAGAUAAAGCUGGAAGAUGAUACUCAACAAUUGAAAGAAAGCAAUGAGGCUGUUAUCAAUGGGCUUGAGAUUCUUCAGUCACAGAUAGAAUUUGUGAGGAGUUUAUUUCAAAAACAUCCAGACGUUGCAUUAGAGUUCCGUUCGAAGAACUCGCACUUAAGGACAGGGUACAUGAAUGUCCUACUCAGCUUAACGAAGAAGCUAUGCAAAUCGCCUCGAGAACUUUCAAAUGAUGAUAUCUCCGAUGUAGGCGCUGCACUUGUAUACAUGACAGAAGCAGGGUUUAAGUUGGAUUGGUUGGAGAAGAAGCUUGAUGAAGUUAAAGAAAAGAAGAAGACAGAAGAGGCUUGUUUGGCCCAGCUGCAAGAAAUGGAGGAAGAGCUUAAGCCAUUGAAACAGAAGUUUGUAGAACUUAAAGCUCGGAUGGAUAAGAAGAAGGCAGAGCUUUUGGAAGCAAGAACUCCUCUCUCUUUGGAUCUCUAG